UGACCGUCACAGUAUUCCAGCCGCGCAACCGCUGAUAUUAUGAUGGUGUUGCAUUAUCGUACGAAAUUUCUAUUUUAUAGAAUAAUCGUCAUAUGAGAAUAAGUGGUUGCAAAUGACGACUUGAGGAAGGAUUAGGGGUAAAUAAUGAGUAUUUCUCAGGAUAAUGGUGCACCGAUAUUGUGUCAAGAGGUUUUCGAUGAUGCAUCGCAUCCAUCAAAUGACGAGGUGCUCGACUAUGCGAAGCGGUUGGGAAUUAAUCCUGCAACAGAACCCUAUCUACUUGACUUGGCGCGGGAGGGUUUGAUGGCAGCAUUACCCGAGGGCUGGCAACCGUAUUAUCUCGAGCCUCAGGAUGCUUGGUACUAUUAUCACGCUGCCACUGAAACAACGACAUGGGAACAUCCCCUCGAUGCUAAAUACAAGGAACUCGUCGAAGAAGCGAGAGCCAGACAUCAUAUACGACAUAGUACUGACGAUGAUUCAAAGACUACAGCCAAAGAUCUAGAGACUCAGGAAGAUGCAACUCUACCCAAGGAAUCGGCAUUUUCAAAGGUACCGGUUCUUCAAACAAAAAUACCCACUAAGUUAACACCACUUAAAAAAAUUGGUCUUGAAUCAUCGCGUCGAAAGACCAGCAAAAAAAAUACUGAUGAUAAAUCACAUAAUGCCAGUACUCUAAUAGCUGAGCGUACAUCUAGAGAUUAUACCAAUCUCCGCUUUCAAGAUCCUCAAUUUUAUGAGAGUCCCAAACUACCAAAGAAUCCCGAGAACAAAAUUAAUUUACGAGAAAUAGUGAAAAGAUCCGAGUCUAUGAGUCCGAGAUACGAAAAAGAGUGGGAACAAUUGUCGAAUAAAUUUAGCUCAGAAGAAAAUGUUAUUGAUAUUGACAGAUUGAGUGUUAGUUCAUUAACAAAAUCGGAAUCAAAAUCUCUACCUGAAAGAACAGAAAACGAGAGACACCAAAAUCAAUCGGGUAGUCAAAAGGAACUUCUGUUGAGCGGUGGUGGAUCAAUGUUUUUGAAGAGCAGCCGUAGCCGUGAUAAAACGCCAAAUCAAGACGUGGAAAAAUUUCAGAAUUUUCAAAUUCCUGAUGUUGAAUCAGGUACAAACGACAUCAGUGAUAUAACAGAAAGGCUCAAAUCUAUUCUUCGAGAAAGGCUCUGCGAAGAUGACGAACGACCCACAGAGGAAGAGCGAAAAAGUGUGCGUUUUGAUCUUAAGAAAGGUCUGGAAGAUAUGAAAUUCAUGUACUCUGGUUCGGAAGAUAAUGACUGGGACUCUGAUUCCAUGGGGAAACAGUCCCCUUUCAAAUCACUGAAAAAAGACUUCAGUUUACAGAACCUUCAACUGGAAUCAAAUAAAUAUCAAAAAAAUAGUCUGAGUGAAGAAAUCUCUCCCCCCCGUUUUAAUGCACCUGCUAAAAUUGUGGGUAAAAGAUUUGUUGUUCAAAAUGUCUCUGAAGUAGAACAUAUGAAUCAACUUCUCGCUGAUGAUCUAUAUGAUGAUCAAUUACCAAUCAAUAAAUUCACAGGUGUGAAGAACAUUGACUUGAUUUCUAAGACAGACAGUUGUAGUUCAGAAUUUACGGGUCGGCAGGAAUCGAAUUUGAGCGAUCGUUUGAUUUCUAAGAAAAGUCAGGAGUUAAUUCUGAAUGCGGUGGAGACGUCACUCGUACCGAAUAAACAAGAUAGCGACUAUCAAGCAGAUGAAGUCCCCAAUAUUGCAGGUCAUGACAGUCUCUCCAACGAAACAUCACAACUAUUCCAGGAAAAUAGUGGAAAAAUCAGUGAUGUGAUCAGUCAAAUGGGGGCAGAUCAAGAAGUGGAGAUUAAUAAAGUGAAAAAGGUAUUAGAAGAGCAAUUGGAAAAUAGAAGAAAAGAAUUAGAAAUUCACUUCAAAGAAGAACAAAAAUCUAUGGAAAUGGAGUUUGAAAAUAGACUGACGCAAUUGAAACGUCAAUUGAGUGAAAAAGAAAAGGAUGAAGUGGAAAAAUUAAUCGUGGAAAUGGACGACCUAAGAACGGAGAAUUUGAAAAAGAUGAGGAGCGAAUUAGAGAUGUGUUAUGAAAAGGAGCGACAGGAUAUUUUGGAGAAUAUCAAAGCUGAACUCGACGAACGAAAGAAAGAAUUGUUAGAACUGCGAAAUCGAGAAUUGCAAGUACUAGAAACCGAGUUUGAACACACUCUCGAUGACGAUAGAAGUCUGAAAAUAGCGGAACACGAACUAACCCAACAAUAUAACAGAAAAAUUGAAGCGAUGAAAAAAGAACUUGACAAGGAAUUUAGCGACUUGAAAAAUACUCUGAGAUCUCAGCAGCGCGAAAAAGUCGCCAAAAUUACGGAAGAUCAUGAAAAGUGUUUAGCAGAUAUCUUGAAAGACUUUAGGGUUGACGAACGAUUAUCCCGAAAAGUGUAUAAACAACGACUGGACGAGAUUCGAUCUGACUUAUCACGUGGAAUAGACAGAGAAACGAAGAAAAUAUCUGAUCAAGCGACUCGCCAACAGAUGAUAGACUUUGAAAAAACCCGGUGUGAAAAGCGCCUACUAGAGGAUAAAUAUAAAAUUUUGAAGGAAAAAUAUUUAAAGCUGAAAAACGAAGUGCGCGUUGCUGUUGAACGGCGAAGUAAGAGACGAGAGAGCAAUACAACAGCAUCAGAAACCGAAAGGUCGGCUUCAACCAAAACACGAACAGAAAGAGAUGAAUCGAUUGAUCAAAAAACACCAUCGAGGAACCAAAGUUCGAAUUCAAGAUCAAUUGAUGGUAAAAAUCGAAAUGUUGAUGAUGAAUCCGAUGAGCACAGAGCCCUACCAGGAUUUCGGCGUGUUGGUGAUGCAAUAAAUACAGGAAAAUGUGAAUCGGAUGAUCCAACAACUGCCAGUGAAACAAUGAACUCAGAUGUACUGAAAAAACGAAAAACAUUUCCAAAGAAACUUACCGGUGCCUCAAGAAACUCACAUGGUGAGACUCAUACUAAUAAUCCUAAUAAUAAUAAUAAUAAUGACAGCAUAGAGAAUCCGGUGGAAAACAUCAGAAAGCAACUGGAGAAGCUUGAAGAUCUUGGUGAUCAAUUGCCGAGUAAUGAGACGGCAUAUACUUUGCGAUAUCCUUUUCAAGACAAAGCGCCAAUAAAUUCUUCAUCAGAACUGGAAUUUUUUCGCCACCGUAUUCAUGUUGAAAGAGACUCUAUAAAGCGUGCCCGAGAAGCACUACGAGUUCAGCGGAGUAUUUUCCAGGGACGACAGAGGACAUGGAAACAACGAAGUGCCAAAGCUACUCUGGAACAGUUGGUCCAGGAGGAACGUGAGCUCUCAGAUAUGGAAGUGGGUCUUCAUCGGACUCGGAGCUUACUUGGAGAAAAAAUAAUUCACUUGAGGCAUUCUGAACAGUCACUUGAAAGGGUUGUGAAUGCAAAGAAAAAUGAGAAUCAGAGUGCUCCAUUGAAAAAUGAUGAACUUACUUUGAGCGACAUGUCCAGUGCCAGUAGUGGAUUCAGUUCUACUGAUCUAGGUACAGACACGUUUAUCGACAAACCAGAUCAAUAUCAGGAGUCAACAGAGAUAAUCGCGAGUUUGGAAAAUUUAAAUUCUGAAAUUCGUGAAAUUUGGGGAGUCCUAAAUAAACGUCAAGGCAAUAAUAUUCCACCACCACCAACAUUAUCGUACUCGGACUUGGGGUGUUUUUCUCAUCAGCACAUGAUCACAUCAGCUAAUAAUGCGCAAAGUUUUGGAACUCCCAAUAUUCAUUCAAAUAUUUUAUCACAACUGACAGCAGCACUUCCGUCUACAACAACACAAAAUAUUAUCACUCAGUAUGGACCUAAUAAUGGAUUCACAACGAGUGUUGGUACUGUUGAACGUGGCCCCUCAAAUUUAAUGGAGAGAACGAGAAACAUGAGGGAUUGGUUGCGACAGGCUCGCAUGGAAUCGACCGAUCCUAUCAGUCCUAGCGAGGCGACACUUAAAGUAAUUGUUAGGUUGUCUGAGUUAAAAACUAUUGUCAAAAUGGAGAGUGAUUCAGUGCAGUGUCCAAUUUGCUCGAAGGAAUUUCCUAAAGGGUUGAUUGAAACACAUGCAUCUAAAUGUCUUUUCCUUAAUGAGGCGACCACCGAGACCCAGUGUUUUUUGAAAAGAUCCAGUUCUAACAGUCAGUCCAGGACGAAAAGUCCAGGUGUCGUUAAGAAAACUAAAUCUAAAGUUAGGAAUGUCCAACGAGGCCACAGUGGUCCAAGCAGCCCAAAUGUAUUCAAGCCAUCUAUAAAUCUGGAGAACAAGGAUUUGGAGGAAGUAGAGGCAAUAGAUGAUAGAAAAAAUGAAGGCGAUACUUCAAAAUCUUCGAAACCACUUCCAAGGAGUACAGCCCCACUUGCUGAACGAAUGAGACCAACGUCUCUCCUAGAGUACGUCGGACAAUCCCAUGUAAUUGGAGAACAGAGUAUGCUGUUGCAACUCCUCUCCAAAGGUGAAAUUCCCAACAUAAUCCUCUGGGGGCCUCCAGGAUGUGGAAAGACCUCAUUGGCGAACGUAAUUGCGACAAUGUGCAAGAAUGAUCCGAAGAAAAAAAUUCGUUACGUGAAGCUUUCAGCAGCCAUGUCUGGUGUUGCUGACGUCAAGGAAGCAGCAACAAUCGCUUCCAAUGAAUUGAAAUUUGGUCGCAGGACAGUGAUAUUCAUGGACGAGAUUCAUCGGUUCAACAAAGCUCAGCAAGACAUUUUUCUUCCGCACAUUGAGGCUGGAACUAUCACCUUGAUAGGAGCAACCACUGAGAAUCCAUCCUUUAGCCUGAACUCAGCCCUUCUGAGUCGAUGUCGAGUUAUUGUUCUUGAAAAAUUGACAUUAGGAGACGUGUCAAAAAUUCUGGACAAGGCUGUGGAGUCUCUGAAUGGAAUUGUCCACAGACAGGGUCAAAAUGAACUACAAAGAGAGUUUAAAGAGAGCCCCAGGUUCAUAAUAGAUGAGAAAACUAUGCAAUUCUUGACUGAAACGUGCGAUGGGGAUGCCAGGAUUGCUCUUGGAGGACUGGAGCUUGCCGUCCAGUCAAUUGUACCCGGGGAAGAAGCUGCAGAGGACAGCACUCCUUUGAUAUCUCUGGAAGACGUCCAGGAGAGCCUAAAGAAGACUCACAUGCUUUACGAUAGAAAAGGUGAUCAGCACUACGACAUAAUCUCAGCCCUGCACAAGUCCGUACGAGCUAGUGAUGAAAAUGCGUCUCUGUAUUGGCUGACAAGAAUGAUGUCAGGGGGCGAGGACCCGGUGUACAUUGCAAGAAGAAUGGUCAGGAUGGCCUGUGAAGACAUUGGCCUGGAGGAUCCGAAGGCUCUUGGGAUUGCUGUGCACACCAUGCAUGCUUGUAAAAUGAUGGGCAUGCCGGAAUGCGAUGUUCUCCUUGCCCAGUGCGCUGUCUAUCUGGCUAGGGCUCCUAAAAGCAGACUCAUGGAGGAUGCUCUCCGAGCUGCGCAGCGACUGGUCGCUGAACAAAAAGGACCCCAGCCCUCCGUGCCAUUGCACUUGAGGAAUGCGCCAACGAAACUCAUGAAAACCCUUGAUUAUGGAAAAAAUUACAAUAUGAGGCAUAAAGACUCGUCUGGAUUGACGUACCUCCCCGAAGGACUUGAACACGUCGAUUUCUUCGACGGGCAGGAUCCAGCGAAUACCCAUGGAGAUUGAGCGAAUUUAUCUACAAGUUCCUUUACGUUCUAUCGUCCUUUGAUUACUCAUAAGUUCUGUUGAUCUCUUGUUGAUGGCUUUGAUAUGUAAGUACUAUUUUUUGUCUUCAAAAAUCGAAAUAAUUUCAGUCGGUGCAGUCCUUGUAUUUUCAAUAAAAAAAACAGCAAAUUGAA